AUGAUACCGAAACCAAAGGACCAACUCACCUCAGAGGAAAGAACAAGGGCGAACCUGGACAAUGUAGCACGAAAUAUUCUCUACAACUCUCUCGACGAUUCAUUGUUCCCCAGAGUUCGAAAAUGCGAGAAUGCCAUGGAGAUCUGGAACGUUCUAAUGAACCUGGGUGAAGGUGAUGAACAGGAGAAUGACAACAAGCUGACAGUAGCUAUGAAGAAGUUUGAAGACUUCAAGAUGCUGCCAAAUGAGACUAUCAUGGACAUGGAACUGAGGUUCACCAGACUCAUGGGUGAUUUUACAGAUCUCGGGAAGGAACUAACAGAGAAGGAAAAGAAUUUGAAGAUACUUCGUGGUCUGCCAAAGUCUUGGGAGAUGAAAGUUAUUGCAAUGAGAGAUAAUCGAGACAUGAAGACUACAAGCACAGCCAAAAUCUUCAGUGAUCUUAAGGCCUACGAGUUUGAGCACGAACCAAAGGACGCUAAAGAACCUGAAACAAGAAACAUAGCCCUUGUGGCCAACCAGCAAGCGUCAAUAUCUCACAAGUCAAAAUCCAACUACUGUGAAUUUUUAUCUGACGAACAAUUUGCCUUAUUUGUUAGGAAGAUGAAGAGGUUUAUGAAGAAGAACAACUUCCAAGACUCUCAACGUUCGGGACACCGAAGACAGCACGAGAGUUCACCUCAAACCUCAAAGCCAGAAGCUUCAGACUCACAAUUACUGUGCUACAACUGUCGGAAGCCAGGACAUUUCAAGGCAAAUUGUCCUCAUCCAAUUGUGAGCAAGCACCAAGACGGCAAUGCUACCAAGAGCUCAUCCAAAGAAGCUGGAAAAAGCUACAAAAGAAAUGAUAAGCCAGAAUCAACGAACUCCAGAAACGAAAGAAGAAAAAAGGCAAUGGUAGUUAACGAACCAUCUGACACUGCUGAAGCCGAAAGUAGCUCCUCAAGCUCGAGUUCAGAGGACGAGAAUUCCGAAGAAGAAAAAGGGCUGAUGUGUCUAUUUAGCCAAGAAUCGGAAGAUCUAUGCCUUAUGGUCGAUGAUGAUGAGGUAAAUUCUCAAUCAUCCUCCUGUUAUUUAGCGGAGUCUAGUUCUGUAAGAAGUCAAACCUCCAAUGAAUCAGUCUCUGAAAUGAUGAGGAGGUUCAAGAUAAUUGAAAGCACAUACUCUAAGCUAAAGGAUGAGAACUCUCAGCUUAUGAUUAGCUACAAUGCGUUAAGGCAAGUUCGAAUCGAGAACGUAAAGCUAACCAUUGCUAAGAAGCAACUUGAGGAAAAUGUUCUCGUCCUGAAAGAGCAGUGUACAGACAAACAAGUCAUAUGGUAUGUCGAUAGUGGCUGCUCAAGACAUAUGACUGGUGAUAAAGCAAUGUUGAGCAAUUUCAAGGAGGUCGAUGGACCUAAAGUCAUCUUUGGAGGAGAAACCAGUGGUAAAACUCGUGGAACAGGAAAUAUCAUCAAAAAGGGAAUAACCAUCCAAGAUGUAGCUUACGUUGAAGGAUUAAAAUUCAAUCUCCUGAGUACAAAUCUUAGUCAAGAAUGGCACAACAAGUUGAGUCAUCUAAAUCUGAAAACAAUCAACAAAUUAGCCAAGAAAAAUCUCGUGAGAGGCCUGCCCGAAGCAUCCUACAUAAAAGACAAAAUUUGUGAGGCAUGUCAAAAGGGAAAACAAAUCAUGUCCUCUUUUAAGUCCAAGGAUGUGGAUGCAAACUCUUAUUCCUUAAGCCUUCUACACAUAGAUCUCUUCGAACCUGUUGAUCCAGCAAGUCUGAGUGGAAGAAAGUAUACUCUCAUCAAAGUAGAUGAUCACACGAGAUAUACUUGGGUGCUUUUCUUAAAGAAAAAGAACGAAAUAGAAGUCGUUCUUCCUAACCUCUUGAGGCAACUUCAAACAGAAAAGGAGGUCAAGAUUAUUCGGAUAAGAUCAGAUCAAGGAACCGAGUUUGUUAACAAGGUUAUAAAAGAGUUCUGUGCAUAA